CCUUUCCCCGCCUCUGCGGCUCUGCCAGUCCCGUUGCCCUUGCGAACGCCGCCUCUCUCUCUCUCGCUCGCUCUCUCUCUCUCCCUGCGCCUCCAUGAGAGGGGGCUGGAAUAAUUAAAGAAGAAGACAACCUAGUUGCUGCCUGCCUGGUAGUCUGGUACUACUGGGUAGUUUUGAAUUGUUUAGAUUAGCUUGGUUUUCUCUGCAACAGUAACCUUUACAAUGGGGGUCGUGAAAGAUGGCGCCGCCACCGGAUUUCUCCCUAGCAAACAAGUUUUCGCCAUCCACUAUCCCGGUUAUCCUUCGUCCAUGUCCCGUGCCAUCGAGACACUAGGAGGGACCGAAGCAAUUCGUAAGGCUCGUACUUCACAGUCAAGCAGGCUGGAGCUCCAUUUCCGGCCCGAAGAUCCAUAUGCACAUCCUGCAUUUGGAGACCUACGUCCUUGCAACAACUUUUUGCUCAAAAUAUCUAAAACCAAGUCUAGUGCUGGACAAAGUGAUCAAGUUUCAGAUAGGACGUUUAAAAGGUCCUUGCAAGAUGCAACUGACUUGGGCAAAGGCAUACAGUCAUCUGAACCCGAAAGUGAACUACUUGCCCGCAAAGAAGAUGAAUUGCGGAAACCUGAUAAUGAUCAAUUAAACUUUGAUAUUGUUGCUCGUGUUCCAGAGGCGUAUCACUUUGAUGGGAUGGUAGACUACCAGCAUGUCAUUGCUGUCCAUGCUGAUGUUGCACGGAAGAAAAAGAGAAAUUGGACAGAAAUUGAGGAGCCACACUUUGAUAAGGGUGGCCUUAUGGAUGUUGACCAGGAGGAUGUGAUGAUUCUACUACCUCAACUUUUUGCACCCAAGGAUGUGCCUGAUAGUUUAGUGUUGAAACCACCAGCGACAUUGAGUGCAAAAAAGAAUCAAGAAGAACCUGUGCAACACCAAUGGGAGAUGAGUAUGGAGCCAGUUCUUGCACUUGACUUUGGCAUCAGUGAGAUUCCUAAGAGAACAAAUUGGGAGGAAUAUAUAUCCCAUGGCUCAGAUCAGUGGGUGUCACAGAUGGCCUUGUCUCGGCUGUUUGAUGAGCGGCCUAUAUGGCCAAAAGAGUCAUUAACCGAACGCUUGCUUGAUAAGGGCUUCAACUUUUCAGAUCACAUACUCAGAAGGCUUCUUUCUAGAGUUGCAUACUACUUUUCGCGUGGACCAUUUCUUAGGUUUUGGAUAAAAAAAGGAUAUGAUCCUCGCAAAGAUCCUGAUUCUCGAAUCUAUCAGAAAAUUGAUUAUCGAGUAAGACCACCAUUACAAAGUUACUGUGAUGCUAAUUCAGCCAAUCAACUAAAGCAUAGAUGGGAGGAUAUAUGUGCAUUUCGAGUGUUCCCUUACAAGUGCCAUACAACAUUGCAACUAUUUGAACUUGGUGAUGAUUACAUUCAAGAACAGAUAAGGAAGCCUCCGGCUCAGACAACUUGCUCCUCUGAGACGGGAUGGUUUUCAUAUAACAUGCUUGAGAACUUGAAAGAUCGUGUUAAGGUGAGGUUCCUAUCUGUGUUCCCUGAACCUGGUUCAGAACACUUGCUUAAAGCUGCGACGGAAAGCUUUAAAAAGUCCAAGAAGAUGUGCAGUAAAGACAACUUUAUACGUGCUGAAGUGAUACAGCCAGAAGACAAUGCUGGCAAGGAAGAUGCUGCAGAACCCAACAAUCUUGAGGAUGAUGAGAAAGAUGACACUGAGGCUGAUAAUGUUGAAGAGGCAUUAGAUACGUAUGAUGGAAUUGAUGCGGCUGAGGAUGGUGAAAUUUCUCUGCAGUCACAUUCCUAUAUGAACAUGGAAAACAUCUCAAGAACCCAUUUACAGGAACUUUUUGGUAGUUUUCCCUCUUCUGAAGCAGGGGGUGAUGGAAUACAACAAGAUGUAGCAGCAACUCAUACAAGCGACGAAGAAUACCAGAUUUACGAGCAAGAGAGUGAUGGCAACUUCUCUGAUGAAGCUAUUCAGAUUUUGGAUUUUUCUAAAGCCUCAAUAAUAUUGUGUUUUAGUCGCGGCUGAGGGAGGGGCAGAAGACCAUCUAAUCUAAAGCCAGGGGAUGCCGUCGUUGCAGCUGCAAGUCUACAGUUCAACAGGUUUAAAGUCUCUUGGUGAUUCUCUAACAUUUCAAACUUUGGCAUACAAUACAUGUAGAUAGAUGUAGGGAGCACCCGAACUCAGCUGCAACUCUACAAUCGUUGCACUCGUCACACUCACAGUAGUGUGACUGGUGACCGUGGUGUUGUAUAAGGCGCAGCUGUUGAAAUUCUUUCAAGAAACUUUUUGUUGAUUUGAUGUGAUCCUAACUUGGACUUGGAGAGGAAUAUUAUAUAACAAAUUUCAUGAUUUUCUUGUAACAUUUGUAAAUCCUGGUGUUACAAGUGAUCUUAUGUUA